GAAGAGAAAUUAGAAUUGUUAAAACUGUUAGAAAGAGUACCAAUACCUAUUAAAGAGAGUAUAGAAGAACCUAGUGCCAAGGUGAAUGUUUUACUACAAGCGUAUAUUUCUCAACUGAAAUUAGAAGGCUUUGCUUUAAUGGCUGAUAUGGUAUAUAUAACACAGUCUGCUGGGAGAUUAAUUAGAGCUAUAUUUGAAAUAGUUUUACAUCGUAGUUGGGCACAGUUAACUGAUAAAGCUCUAGCUCUCAGUAAGAUGGUGAAUAAACGAAUGUGGCAGUCAAUGACCCCAUUACGACAAUUCCGUAAAAUUGGUGAGGAAGUUGUCAAGAAAAUUGAGAAGAAAAAUUUUCCAUUUGAGAGACUUUAUGAUCUGGGCUAUAAUGAAAUUGGAGAGUUGUUACGUAUGCCAAAGAUGGGAAAAACAAUACACAAAUAUGUUCACCAGUUUCCUAAAUUAGAUUUAUCAGUACAUAUACAACCUAUAACUAGAUCUACAUUACGUGUUGAACUGACCAUUACACCAGACUUUCAAUGGGAAGAGAAGAUUCAUCAAAAUUCAGAGGCCUUUUGGAUCUUAGUUGAAGAUGUUGAUAGUGAAGUAAUAUUACAUCAUGAAUAUUUCUUAUUAAAAAGUAAAUUUGCCCAAGAUGAACAUAUUGUCAAAUUCUUUGUUCCUGUAUUUGAACCACUGCCACCUCAAUAUUUUAUAAGAGUGGUCUCUGAUAAAUGGAUAGGAUCUGAAACUCAGUUACCAGUAUCAUUCCGUCAUCUUAUAUUACCUGAGAAAUAUCCCCCACCUACAGAAUUACUAGAUCUACAACCACUUCCUAUUACUGCUUUACGAAAUUCAUUAUUUGAAUCCUUGUAUUCUGAACGAUUUCCAAUAUUCAACCCUAUACAAACACAAGUAUUUAAUGCUAUAUAUAACAGUGAUGAUAAUGUGUUUGUUGGGGCACCAACUGGUAGUGGUAAGACAACCUGUGCUGAGUUUGCUAUACUGAGAAUGUUUACACAAAAUCCUGAGGGUAGAUGUGUUUAUGUGGCACCUUUAGAAGCUUUGGCACAACAG